GCAGAAAUGUAAUUAUGAUCUGGGCCACCACGUGUCCUUGGAAACUGGUAGAUCUGUGUUGGUACCACCCCUGGGGCAGUGGACUUUAUUCCCAGCUAGAAACUCUAUGCCUUGAGUCCACCCUGCUAGCUGCACUCCUCUAUUACCACUUGUCAGUGGGGAGCAGUAGGGAAGUGAGUGCAGUGGGGAAGUGAGGCAAGGGUUCCAGGCCAACAUUGUUUUUUGUUUUUUAACAACUUUAUUCAUAUACCAAAACAUUCCCUCAUAUUAAGUGUAUAAGGCAGUGAUUUUUAUUAUAUUUACAGCAUUGCACAACCAUCACCAUGAUCAAAUUUUGGAACCUUUUCAUCAUUCCCAAAAGAUCUUUUGUGGCCAUCUAGGCCUGCCUUUCACAUGACUCCAGGGGCCACAGCCACAUCCUGGUUCAGCCAUCCUUGUUUCUCUCUCCUACCCUCUAUAGAAAUCCCGUCAGAGAACUCAGCCUCCAGAAAACAAAAGCCAAGGAAACAGUGUUGUCUCAGGCCCAGUAAUACAACUCUCCUGCAAAAUAAGGCAGAACUUAGGGUCUGGGGUCAUUCUCAGAAGGGGACAGAAAAAAAAAUCUCAGCAAAGAGCACAGCACAAAUCAAUUCUCAACUGACUUAUUAUCUUGCCUCCGUACAAUGCGGUGGAGUCUUCCAGUUGCAAUUAUCAAUGGGCAACACUGACUCCGUGGAACAGUGACCUGCAGAACUAAGAGGAAAAAAGUGAAUAUGGUUUUUGCUCACAGAAUGGAUAACAGCAAGCCGCCUUUGGUCAUCCCCACGCUCCUGGUGCCCCUCCAAAACCACAGCUGCACCGAAACAGCCACACCUCUGCCAAGCCGUGACCUGACAGACUUACAUGGGGAGCACGGCUGGAUGAGCAACAGAACGGACCUGCAGUAUGGACUGAGACCCGGGGAAGUGGCCACAGCCAGCAUUUUCUUCGGGGCCCUGUGGCUGUUCUCUGUAUUUGGCAACUCCCUGGUUUGUCUGGUCAUCCACCGGAGUAGGAGGACACAGUCCACCACCAACUACUUUGUGGUCUCCAUGGCAUGUGCUGAUCUUCUCGUCAGCGUCGCCAGUACACCUUUCGUCCUGCUUCAGUUCGCCACAGGGAGGUGGACACUUGGCAGUGUGAUGUGUAAGCUGGUGCGGUAUUUUCAGUAUCUCACCCCGGGCGUCCAGAUCUACGUCCUCCUCUCCAUCUGCAUAGACCGGUUCUACACCAUUGUCUAUCCACUGAGCUUCAAGGUGUCCAGAGAAAAAGCCAAGAAAAUGAUUGCUGCGUCAUGGGUCUUCAAUGCAGCCUUCGUGACCCCCAUGUUCUUUUUCUAUGGCUCCCACUGGGACAGUCAUUGCAAUUACUUCCUCCCUGCCUCUUGGGAAGGAACUGCCUACACUGUCAUCCAUUUCUUGGUGAGCUUUGUGAUUCCUUCUGUCCUCAUCAUCUUAUUUUACCAGAAGGUCGUGAAGUAUAUCUGGAGAAUAGGCACCGAUGGUCGGACAGUGCGGAGGACGAUGAACAUUGUCCCGAGGACAAAAGUGAAAACUAUCAAGAUGUUCCUCAUUUUAAAUCUAUUGUUCCUGCUCUCCUGGCUACCUUUUCAUGUGGCUCAGCUGUGGCACCCCCCCGAACGGGACUCUAAGAAAAGUUCUCUUGUUUUCACAGCUAUCACAUGGAUAUCUUUUAGUUCUUCAGCCUCUAAACCUACGCUCUAUUCCAUUUAUAAUGCCAAUUUUAGGAGAGGAAUGAAAGAAACUUUUUGCAUGUCCUCAAUGAAGUGUUACCGAAGCAAUGCCUAUACUAUCACAACCAGUUCAAGGAUGGCCAAAAAAAACUACGUUGGCAUUUCAGAAAUUCCUCCCACGGCCAAAACUAUAACCAAAGACUCAAUCUAUGAUUCAUUUGACAGAGAAGCCAAGGAAAAAAAGCUUGCUUGGCCCAUUAAUUCAAAUCCACCAAAUACUUUUGUCUAAUUUCGCAGAGUUCUUUCAAUUAUUGUUAUGUUGCCAGAGAUUAAAAAGCUUUAACUCUAAAAACAGAAGCUAUAUGCAUUUUUUUUUUCUGUCAACUUUCUGAGGGAAAUGUUUUAUUUUGUAAAAUGCAUUUAACUAUGGAUUGGAAUUUCUGUGGUUUUCUUUUGGUUGCCUUUUCUUUUAGGGGAAGCUUUCACCUUGAGCUAUAGUUAAGAGUUCUUUUACUCUAUUAGUUACGUGCAUAAAAGAGAGAAUGCGUUCCUACUUUUUAGUUACCAUUAGGUCCAAAAAGCAUAAACCAUACACACAGCCUUUGA